UUAACCGUUUGGACGCCGUUGUGACAAGCAGAAUUUUCGUAGAAUAAUAAAAAUGCUGAUUUAAAUGUAAGAAAUAUGUAACCUCUCCCUUGUUCUUGAAAAUUGAAUUGACAACAUUUAAUUUAGAUUUGUUAUGCGUUUUUUUGGCGCUUUGGCAAGGACGGAUUUAACCUCCCAGUUUAAGUUACUCGUGUUUGAAAAUUCAGUUGCAAUUUCUCGUGAUCUCCAUAUGGUAAUCGCUCCUGCUAGCAGCGCAAGACACUUCUGAUCGGCAUAGAAUCUUAUUUUCGAUUGUUGGUGAAAUCGAUACAAUGACACCGCAAUUGCAAAUCUUAUCAAACAUCCUGCAGCGAAUAGAAACCAUGAAGACCAUGACAACUGGUUAUCUUUAUGGUAUUAUGUACAACGAUACCCUUAUGGUUCUAUCAUUCAGUCUAAAUUCAAGCGAUAGGGAAGAUAAGAAUAUGAUAGAUUAUACAAUACUGCAGCUGAAUCUACCUACGGAUAUAUAUUUCUGUGGCGUAUUACAUAUUGGCGAAUGUGAGGAAAUAAAUCCCGAUAUUUUUAAGGACAUUGACAUCACAGAUAAUCCAUUACUUUUAAAAUAUUCACAUGAUACAAUGGAUAUGCAGGCAUACUUUUAUGUGCAUCAGAAACUGGAAGCUAUCAAUAAUUUCAAUAUUAUUAGUGAAGAUGAUCUUUCUCAGCAUUUUGUAUAUAUUAGAUUACAAGCAUUUCUCCCAUUAGUUACUCAAGAUGGGAAUAUGUCAGAAGUUUUGGAAGAAUCGCGAAAAAAUAUUGCAUCUGGGAAAAUAGGAAUACAUUUUCCUUCGAACAAUACAUACCUCUUUAGAACCGACGACAGUUCAAGGGAUACAACAUUAAAAGAUAUUUUAUCUACAUCCAAAGAUCAGGAGAAAUUGUCAACUGAGUCAAGUAAUUUUAUUACUGGACCUGUGAAUGUUAUACAAGCAAACAUGUUAUUGAAGAUAUCAAGUGAGAAAAAUUCUGAUGAAUCUAUCAAAUAUGCUCCUGUUCUACAGCAUAUCAAAAAAUCUUUCGAUAGUUUAGAAUGUAACUUACACAUUGAUACAUUGUCACUAGUAAAUUUGAAUAUAAAAGUAGCUGAAUUACACGCGAUUCUAGUGGAAUCCAUUUGCCGAAAUAUCAAAUUAAUUGAAAUACAACAGGAAAAUCAGUCCAAAGACACAAAGUUGCCUACAAAAUUACCCAAAGUUAUGCAUUUUAAACCUAAAGACUGUGGACAUUUAUUUACAUUAGUAUAUCCUGGCGAUUUUACUAACGAUAGUACAUUGGAAUAUCGUAAGGCUUUACACAAGGCUUUAGCGUUAGAUUUGACUAGACCGCAAUUCCGAUGUGGAAACGCCAUCAAUCUUGAUACACAAUCAAAUGAGAUACUUGUAAAUCCUCAUCGAACCCUUUUACAUAAAGGUGUCACGGGAAAACUUAGUAUUGUAUAUGGUUUGUAUUCAUAUUAUCAUUAUAUGCAAGAUAAUUUCGAUGAUAAUGGAUGGGGAUGUGCCUAUAGAUCUCUCCAAACUAUUAUUUCCUGGUACAGAUUACAGGGUUACAGUGAAGUACCGAUACCUUCUCAUCGCAAAAUUCAACAGUGUUUAGUCGAUAUAGGCGAUAAACCUUACAACUUCAUUGGCAGUAAACAAUGGAUUGGUUCGACUGAAGUGAGUUUUGUAUUACAGACUCUCCUUAAUAUAGAUGCAAAGAUACUUCGUGCGUCAAGCGGAGAGGAAAUGACGGCCUUAAUUCCACAACUUGCAAAUCAUUUUGAUACACAUGGUACACCUGUCAUGAUUGGUGGAGGAGUAUUAGCUCAUACGAUCCUUGGCAUUAAUUAUGACAAAGAUUCUGGAGAGGGAAAAUUCUUGAUUCUCGACCCGCACUAUACUGGCGCGGAUCACUUGCCUACCAUAAUAAAUAAAGGUUGGUGUGGAUGGAAAACGAAAGAUUUUUAAAAAGAUGCAUUUUACAACAUGUGCCUUCCACAGAGACCUAUAGUCUUCUGAUAUUAAUCUGAUAAAUCUGUUAAAUCUGAUAUAUCUGAUAAAUAUGUUAUGUUGUAUAUAACUCGAUUUUCUAAAUAUAAUCAAAAUUCUUUAUUAUAUA